CCAUGGUACUAUUUUAUGGUCUAAGGAUGAAGUUAAUAUGGUUUUUAAACACCAUAUGGGAUUAUGCUAUGAGAAAUAUAAUACUCUUGGAAACGGAAAAUUUUCAUAAGAGACUAGAAGAUGUUUUUGAUAUUGAUGAAAUUAUUACUCUGCAUGAUCACUACAUUAAGAAAGUAUAUGAACGUUGUCUCCUUAAUGAAAAGGCUGUCCCUAUCCAUAAAUCAAUAUUAGAUGUAUUGGAUCUAACAAUUCAGUUCAGCACAUUGUAUACACGUUACCAAAGUGAAAAUUUAUCAUUCUAUGAUCACUCGCGGGACGAACGCUCGCGCAGACAUAACGCCGACGAAAAUUCGGAUUCAGAGUCCGAUUCGUUGUUGACGGAUGAAGAAGAGGAUCAAUGGAGUAGACCAGGAAGUAAUGGAACUGAUCCGCUUAUACCUUCCCAAGUGGAUUAUGAGGCGUUUCUUGAAGGUCUGAGCAGAAUUGAUAAAGAGUUUAACAGAAACAAAGAGUUUGUGAGUAACUCGGUGCAGGGAAUUGCCAGAGCUGGCGGGUUUUGGUGGUUUGAUGCCUUGGCGUUGGCAUUGGGUUGA